UAGCUUGUGGUGUUUUUUUUUGUGAAGCCUGCGUGGAACAAGUUUUUUUUUUCCCCCUUUCUUUUUUUGAACGGGAACAUUCUGUCUAUGUGCGUAUUUAAUAGCUGCAACUGAAAUACUUUGUAACCAAGGACAAUGUCUAUCAUUUGAUAUUCUCUUUCUUGGUAUUUAUUGCCGUCCUUGAUGUUGUUCAUCUCGCUGUUGUGCAACGAGAGUUUACUGAAGACUCGUUUCUUCUGGAGUGGAAUGCUGGACGUGUAGGCUGCGAUGGGAAAUACUUGCGCGUCGUUCACAACUCACCCAAUGGCACCAUUGUUUUAAAGCUCUGUGGACAGUAAAGCAUGCCACAUUGGGUCAGUGUUUGCAGGAAUUUGAUAUUCAAGCCGCUCCGAGUUACUUGAAGGUCUCGUUUUUCAAGAAAAAAGAAGAAGAAAGAUGGGUGUCAUCCCCUUUUCCUUGGAUUUUUCUGCACACGUGAACAGAAUGGACUUUGUAUGAUUGAUUGUUGCGCAGCGGUCUGGAAAUAGAGUUUCUUGCUCAAUGAGGACUAAAACUGUAAACAGGAUUCGGGGCCGUUCAAGGAAAGCAAACCUCAAUGGUUCUGAUGUUGAACAGGAUGCUGCUGUUAAACUUGCUCAAGAACGUGCUGAGAUAGUUGCCAAGUAUGAUCAAGGACGUGAAGGAGCCCAGAUCGAACCUUGGGAAGAUGCGGACUACCUGCUUUACAAAGUUACCGAUAGAUUUGGUUUCUUGCACCAGGAAGAGUUACCGGUCCACGAUCCAGCUUCUGACAAGCAAAAGCAGCUUGAGAUUGAAAGAACUACAAAAUGGUUGAAGAUGCUAAAAAGCUGGGAGAAAUACAAGAACACAGAUAAGUUUCAUAGAAGAAUCUAUAAAGGGAUUCCAUUGCAGUUGAGGGGUGAAAUCUGGUCCCUGUUGCUCGACGUCCCAAAAAUGAAAGAAGAAAUGAGAGGUUAUUAUAAUACUUUAAAAACGCAAGCAAGAGGAACAUCUCCAGAUAUCCGGCAAAUUGAUCUUGAUGUUAAUCGGACCUAUCGGGAUCACAUCAUGUUCAGAGAUAGAUAUGGAGUAAAGCAACAAUCUUUGUUCCAUGUCUUAGCUGCCUAUUCUGUAUAUAAUACGGAGGUUGGAUACUGUCAAGGGAUGAGCCACAUAACCGCAUUGCUCCUAAUGUACAUGAAUGAAGAAGAUGCUUUCUGGGCUUUGGUGAAACUGCUCUCGGGACCCAAGCAUGCUAUGCACGGGUUUUUUAUUCCUGGCUUUCCUAAGCUGUUGAGGUUUCAAGAGCAUCAUGACAAAAUAAUGAAGAAAUUUUUGUCCAAGCUUAAGCAACAUUUUGAUGCCCAGGAGAUCAACACCACCUUUUACACAAUGAAGUGGUUUUUCCAGUGUUUCCUUGACCGUACUCCCUUUAGGUUGACCCUCAGGAUCUGGGAUGUCUACGUACUCGAAGGAGAGCGGAUUCUUAUUGCAAUGGCCUACACCAUUCUGAAACUGCACAGAAAACACCUGAUGAAAUUGCAGAUGGAAGAACUGGUCCAGUUUCUUCAGGAGGCCCUCGCCAAAGAGUUCUUCUAUGAGGAUGAUUUCGUAAUAGAACAGCUCCAAAGCUCCAUGGCAGAACUGAAACGAGCGAAGAUGGACCUCCCUGUAGCAGGUAAAGAGGAUGAAUUUCCAAAGAAGCUGGGGAAAAUGCCACCUGACAGUCAGCCUGCCAUGCUGAAUCUCACCCAUCUAGUCAAUGGACAAAAAACCAACGGUGUAGCGAAGGAGGCCCGGGCAAGCCAGAGGACUGCAGAAGGCCCUCGAGAAGCACGGACAAAGAGAAACCGGGAGAGCCCACCCACAACACGAGCAGAGAGAGGCCGAGAAAGCUCGCCAAACCGCCAAAGGCGAAAAAAUUCUCUGGAAAAGAAGCCUAUUUUGAGACAUCAGCAAAAGCCGGUAGCACUAAACGCACAAAGCGGGUUGCCAAAGCACGACGGGGAGAACCCCAGAAGAAAGCCUGAGACGCAAACAGAGGCCGAUCCCAAGCAGAAACACAACGCAGCUGCGAACCAAAACUCCAAUGCAGUAUUAACCACAGGGAAAGAGUUUGUGCCGCGGUGGAUUAAACCUUCCAACGUUAAGAUAACGGAAAAAACGACCAAAAUCACCCUGGAGUUUAAGACGAGAUCACCAAAGCAGGGCAGGGCCGGGACAGCGCCUGCUCCUGACGACGAAGCUCAGCUACUCAGCCUCAAGCAAAAAGUUCGGGUUUGGGAUGUGGACAAAAGCAAGCGCGGAUCGAACGCCUCGCAGUACGACAACGUUUCCGAAGCCGGUCUGGAGAACGAAAACUUGGUGGAGCAGGCGCCAGAGAGAGUUUUUCUGCCAAAUCCAAGGAACACAGCUUUCACCAACAGUUUCAGAAAAGAGAUCGAGAAUGGAUCUAGUCCACCAAAAAUAUCCAACAGUUAUGCCUUCAGCUCUCAGCCCAGAGUCCCCAGAUAUUCAUCCCAAUCUGACGGGUCAGUUGUUGGCGCUCCCAUGAGACAGCCACCACCCUCUUAUAACAAUCCACCUGUAUACCAAGGUUUUUCUCCAAAGCACAUUACCAAAGUAGGUAACUUUGUAGCUACGCAGUACAAUCACGGGGUACGGACCAGCUCCGCCACUCAGUUGUAUAUUCCCGAUUUUCCACCGGAGAUGGAAACUCAUCAGAUGCUCUCUGAUAAGCCCCCUAGAAAUUACUCUGCCCUCCACCAAAACCUUGUUGUGACUCCUUCUAGUCGGAUAGAGGUUGUCCCAGAUGAAACCUUCCCAAGCAGCCCCAGGGCACCGAGAGGCUUCCAUCCUGCAAUUCCUCCAGUCGAUUAUCUUCCCGAUCAUAAAAAAUGGUCAGACCCCCCUUUAAUGUACAGACCGGGAGCCUAUGGACAAUCCUGGGGUGGAGACGGUGGCCGAAGCCACUUGGCUAACUUGAAGAGACAUCCAGCAUUUCAGCCUCUUGAAGACCACAACCUUCCCACCCUUUCUGCGGACAGACCUCUCAGAUACAGGACAGCCUCAGGGGAACUCGGCCCCCCCUCCUACCAGUAUCCGAGUUCCCCUGGCCCCGCCCGCCAUUACAGACACCAGGCCGAUGGAUUGCCUAUGAACGAAUCAGUGCUGCUUUGA